AUGUAUCCAAACAUUGAAGCUGAUGCACUCACUCCUGGUAUAUCUGAUCAUACUUCUCUCCUAGUCCAAGGUGGUAAGCAGAUUAAUUUGUAUCCUAAGCCCUUUAAACUUUAUACUGCUGUUAUGGAGCAUACAGAGUUUGCUGAGGUGGUUCAGAGGACAUGGUAUCAACAGGUAGAAAUGCUUACAAUGAAAGCUAUCUGGCAGAAACUGAAGCUAGUCAAAGCUGAACUGAAAGAAUUGAAUACCUACAUGGCUAGCUACAGCCAUAAACUCAACCAAACCAGGCAACAAUUGGAGCAAGUACAAGCUAAAAUUAUACACAACCCUCUUUGUCAGACUCUAUUUGAUCAGGAGAAAAGCCUUAUUACAGAAAUUAACAAAUGGAGUGAUGUAGAGGAGAAGAUGCUGAGACAGAAAUCAAGGGCAUGUUGGAUCAAGAGUGGUGAUGCUAACACUAAAUAUUUCUAUGAAAAAUUGAGAAUUGGAGCAAGCAAAAACACUAUCACAUCCAUUUAUACAACAACAGAAACUAAGUUAACAGAUCUAGGAGCUUUUGAAGAGGAAUUCAUGACCUGUUUCAAACAGCUAAUGGGAAGUAAUGCAGCUACUCUACCAUGUCCUAAUACUGAAGUCAUCCGGAAUGGUGUGUGCUUAACUAGAAAGCAACAACUCUUCUUGAUCAUGGAGAUAACUAUUGAUGAAAUUGAUAAUACUAUAAAAGGCAUGGCCAUGGAUAAAGCUCCGGGAGUGGAUGGGUUUCCAGUGGAAUUCUUCACCAAAAACUGGGCUACUGUUAAAAAUGAUGUCUGUGAUGCCAUCCAAAAAUUCUUCUCUACUGGUACCAUGGACCAAGCAUGGAACUGCACAACUAUUACACUGGUUCAAAAACAUGAAUCCCCUACCCAGGUGAAGGAUUAUUGA